AUGUCGGACCGUGAACGUGGCAGCAUCCUAUCAUGCCUUCACUGUUACGAUUUUUAUCGUGCUUAUUUAGAUAUAGUGUGGUGUGUUCCUUUGAGCGACAUGACACCUUUACACUCCAACCGUCAUUCUCACACUCCCCUUCAUCCUUGCGCGGGGAAUGUUGACCAAAGUCUGCUUUAUUAUGAUGCAGUCCUGCUUCCUAGCCUUAUCCCAGUCUCUCGCUCCGUAAAAUCCGUCUGCUCUGCCCCUUGUUCACCUAUCUACUCGACUCCUGCCACUACUGUCCUACUCGAGGCAUUAUUCGCCCUCUUCACCGUCUGGGUGACUAAUUCGAGGCGCAAGCCUCUGAGUGUCAUGGUCAUCUUUUUGCUACAUGUACCACGUCUCUGGUACAACAUUGUUGAGCUUACUUCCAUUUCGAGUGGAAGUGUUGAGUGA